UGGUGCUGGGUUUAGUUAGAGACUCCAAAUUUUCCGUAGUUAAUGUUGAGACUGUUCUCUAUUUGAGCUUUCCUGGAAGCAGUUCUGUUGGCUGCCAUAGUCUAAAGAGUGAAAGAAGAAGAAAAUCUAAUAUAGCAUACAAUAGGAGCUUAGCUUCUAACAAAGUACAAAAAUCUAGUAAAGGAUAGACAGCAAAAUAUAUGUGUGUGUGUGCUUGUGCAUGUAUAUAUAUAUAUAUUAAUCAAUGAUCAUUUAUUUAUUGUAUUUGUUGUACUGUAUUUUUUAUUUUUUAUAUCUUCAUUUCCUCAAAGUCAGAUAAAUAGAACAUGGCAUAUCAUGUUUUUUUUUUUUUUGACAGUCUGGAUCACGGGGGAGAGAACAUGAUUAAAGCAGGACUACAAAAAUAUUUCUGUGAUCUCACACUGGAUCCAAACACAGCACACAAUCGUCUUUCUCUUUCAGAGGGCAACAAAAAGUUGUUAUAUAAUUCAAAACCGAUGUCAUAUCCUGAUCAUCCAGAGAGAUUUGACUGCCGUCAGCAGGUUCUGUGUAAAGAGCGUCUGUCUGGACGCUGUUACUGGGAGGCUGAAUGGAUUGGGGAGGGUGACGUGGCAGUGGCCUAUAAAUCAAUCAACAGGAAAGAUUUUAACUGCUGGUUUGGAGGCAAUAAAAAAUCCUGGAUUCUAGGCUGCUUUGGGGAGAAUCUGAUUGCCUGGCAUUAUAAAGAUCAAACAUACAUUUCUCCCCCAGCACCUCCUUUAAACAAAGUAGCAGUGUAUCUGGACGAGGCCGCCGGCAUUCUGUCCUUCUACAGCAUCUCUGACACAAACACACUUAGACACUUACACACAUUCAACACCACAUUCACUGAACCCCUUUAUGCUGGAUUUGUGCUUUAUAACCAUUCAGUGUCUCUGUGUGAUGUUAAACAACAGGAUGAAUAAUUACAAGAUAUACAGUGGCACCAAAAACUAUGAGACAAUUAAAAAUGUCAAAAUAAGUGCACUUCAUUUUAAAGAAUUUUUGUAGAAAUAUAUAUUUCAAUCAAAACAUUUCACAGAAAGAGGUUUGUUAGGUUUUUAGAUAUUAAAAAGUGAAUAUGUAUUGUUUAAAGUGAAGAAAAAAAAUUUGUAAUAUUGAAGAUAGUUUUGGAAUACAAGGUUCAGGUUCAGUGUCUUUCACAAAGAAUUCACAUAAAUUGUUUUCUCAACUAAAUCUUUCAUGUAAGAAGUGAUUGGAUGAAUAAAUGUCAUUUCAAAAUUUUAACGUUGAUUUGAGGAUUUAAAAAAGCAAACUGUGUUUUGCUUCAAGAGAGCAACCAUUCAUUUGUGUUGUUUUACUUUCUUUUUUUAAUAUUUUUCAUUUAUUCUUCAUUUGUGUAUUCAUUUAUAAUCAUUUAAUCAUUUUAUUAUUCCAUUCAAUCAUAUAAUCAUUUACCAUAAUCAUUUAUAUACUCAUUUCAUUGAUUCAUUUAUUGAUUAGUCUUUUAUAUGAUGUUAUAUUAUUUUUUUAUAUAUUUUUUUCCAUUGUUGUUUAAUCUAUGACUGUGUGGUUUCAAGGGCUGUUUGUCUUUACAAUUAAGAGAUACGAGGGAAUGUUUAUGGAAACUGAAGGUUUAUGGGAUGUUGUUGUGAAUCAGUUUGGUAUUUCACUGCUUGUUGGAUUUACAGUAUCUUCUUCAGACAAAGUCUGAGCAUUGAGACGUAGCUAAGACUAUUCAAUAAAUCUUCUCCUUUUUACCAUCA